GCACAGGGAAGGUAACGCGUAGGGCCCCGCGAUGCGUUCAGUUUAGAGCGACUUGAUGCCCGUGUCCGGAUGCGUUUUAUUUUCAAGGCAAUAUAAGGCGGCCUGGGCUUGCUUUCCCGCCCGGCCUGGGGAGAUAAGCCCCUCCAGGGAUCCGAGCCCCCCGGGGGCAGGGAGCGCGCGCCCCGGGGCGCGGGGGCCGGCGCGGAGGCCCGCCCGGAGCAUGGGCAGGGCGGGGGCCGGGGCUCCCCAGGGCUCCCCAGGGCAGGGCGCGCGCGGGCCGGCGGCGGGUGGGCGUCCCGGGCUGCAGCUGCGGGCGCCGCCGGCGCGGGCCGGCUCAUGCAGGCCACCUGGAUCCGGCUUCUGAAACGAGCCCGGGGAGGGCGGCUGAAGCACUCGGACAUCUGUGGUUCGGCAGACUCCUACACCAGCCGCCCGUCCGACUCGGAUGUGUCGCUGGAGGAGGACCGCGAGGCGGUGCGCAGGGAGGCGGAGCGGCAGGCGCGCGCGCAGCUGGAGAAGGCCCAGACAAAACCUGUUGCCUUUGCAGUUCGGACGAACGCCAGCUACAGUGCUGCCCACGAGGACGACGUGCCCGUGCCCGGCCUGGCCGUCUCCUUCGAAGCAAAGGACUUUCUGCACGUUAAGGAAAAAUUCAACAAUGACUGGUGGAUAGGGCAGCUGGUCAAGGAGGGCUGCGAGAUCGGCUUCAUCCCCAGCCCGGUCAAGCUGGAGAACAUGCGGCUGCAGCACGAGCAGCGGGCCAAGCAGGGGAAGCUGUACUCCAGUAAAUCAGGAGGGAAUUCAUCAUCCAGUCUGGGUGACAUCGUCGCUAGUUCCAGGAAGUCCACACCUCCGUCCUCCGCUAAGCAGAAGCAGAAGUCGGCCGAGCACGCCCCCCCCUACGACGUGGUGCCCUCCAUGCGGCCGGUGGUGCUGGUGGGGCCCUCCCUGAAGGGCUACGAGGUCACAGAUAUGAUGCAAAAAGCGUUGUUUGAUUUUUUAAAACACAGAUUUGAAGGGCGGAUAUCCAUCACCAGGGUGACCGCCGACAUCUCGCUGGCCAAGCGCUCGGUAUUAAACAACCCCAGUAAGCACGCGAUAAUCGAGAGGUCCAACACGAGGUCCAGCCUAGCGGAAGUUCAGAGUGAAAUUGAAAGGAUUUUUGAGCUUGCAAGGACGCUGCAAUUGGUCGUCCUGGAUGCAGACACUAUUAACCAUCCAGCCCAACUGAGUAAAACCUCCUUGGCCCCCAUCAUAGUGUAUGUGAAGAUCUCUUCUCCUAAGGUUUUACAAAGGUUAAUAAAAUCUCGAGGGAAAUCGCAAGCUAAACACCUCAACGUCCAGAUGGUGGCAGCUGAUAAACUGGCCCAGUGUCCUCCAGAGCUGUUUGAUGUGAUCCUGGACGAGAACCAGCUGGAGGACGCCUGCGAGCACCUGGCCGACUACCUGGAGGCCUACUGGAAGGCCACCCACCCUGCCAGCAGCGCCCUCUCCAACCCCCUCCGUAGCCGGACUUUAGCCCCUUCUGGCCUGCCCAGGAGCCCCGCCCCGGCCUCCCGCUCCCAGGGCUUUCCGGGCGAUCCCAGGACGGAGCGGUGCACCGGCGCGGACGGGAAGGGCUCGGCCCAGCACCACGCGCCCCGCGCCGGGCCCGGCCGCGGCCUCUCUCGGCAGGACACCUUCGACUCGGAGACCCAGGAGGGCCGGGAGCCCCCCGGGGGCGGUGAGCACAGGCACCGGGAGCCGCGGCACCGGCCGUCCCGGGAGCAGGGCCGCGGGGAGCACGGCGAGGGCGCCAGGGCGCGCGGGCGCCGCAGGUCCAAGGACGGGGAGGCGGCGGGCAGGCGGCGCGCCGAGGACUGGACCCGGGAGGUGCCCGCGCGCCCCUGACGCCCCGCGGCCCCGCCGGGCUGGAAACGCACCCCGUGAGUGUCACAGGGCGGCUGCGGCCCCGGGAUCCGCGAGCCGAGGCGGCACAGAGCAAGUGGGACUCCGUGUGCUCCGGAGUUGGGACGUGCAGUGCCCGCUGCGCGUUCGUUCAUGGACCACUGGUUCUUGGUUGUACCUCUGGCUGACUAAAUUUGGGGACAGAUUCAGUCUUGCCUUACAGAAAGGGGAUCAUAAAGUUAGAAUCUAUUUUCUAUGUACUAGUACUGUGUACUGUAGAGACAGUUUGUAAAUGUUAUUUCUGUAAACACCUUCUUAUAAUUAUAUAUAAUAUAUAUAUAUAUAUGUUUGAUCACACUAUUUUAGAGUCUUAAUGCCAAGUCAGCAUAUUUGCUUUAGGAAUUACAGGGACUAAAAACGUCCACAUUCAGGAAAUUUGUAACAAUGUCGUCCACUCUCCCCACUGCAGCAGGAAGUCUGUGCUGUAAUGCGUGUGACUGCUUGGCUUGAAGAGGCGCGAUUUCUCCAUGUCAUACAUCCCUGAACGCUGAUCAUUGCGACCGUAAAUGACGGCAAAUAGAACAAAACUCCAGAAGCUGUUCUAAUCCGUACCCCUCACAGCGAUCGAGGCUGGUGGGGGCUGGUCACAGCCUGGGCCCGUGAGGGGGACCGUGCGUGUGUGCAUGAGUGUGCAGGGUGGAGUGAGUGUGCUGAGGGGCCGGAGGCUGGGUGUGCCCUACGUGGCCCCCAUGACCUGCUGAGCGUUAGAGAAGGGGUCGUUUGCUGCCGGAGGCGGCUUGGGAAGCCUUUGCGUACUGACUCCUUGUUUUUGCUCCAAGAGUAAAAAUGCAACAACCUUUACUGUGAGUGUUUCACUGGAAACGUGCAAUCCUUGUGUGUUGGAGUAUUUGUUUUAGUGAGAGAAGUUUACAUAGCUGGUGGAAUUAUUUUGUGGGAAAAUAAAUUUUUAUGACUUCUCCCAAGUCCCUCUCUCAGCACCCUCAUCCCACCCCACCCCACUCCGACAAUGUCACUGUCUGCCAGAACUACACGCGCUGCUUAGGACCAAAGUUUCUGCUUUUCAGAGGUGAUCGGGGCAAAGGGGUGACUGAGAGGAAGGACGUGCUGGCACCGGGGCUGUGCCGGGGAGACGCUGCUGCGGGGCCCACCAGGCCCGUCUCUGAGCACAUCCGAGGCUGUGGGCAGGUAGACGGACCGAGGAGUGCCGGCCCUGCGCUUGACGCUCUCCAGGAACAAUGCCUAACUUCGGAUCUGUGCGUUGUCUUAACAAAAUUGUAACAAUAACUCUUUUUUUGUUUUGCUUCCUUGAUUAUUCCAGGUUCUUACCAAAUAUUUUUGGACCUUUUUAAGUAAAACUAGUUUACAUUUUAACUCCUUAUUCUCCUACCCAAGAAACAUCAAAAGUAUUUUUAAACUGUAUUAAGAUAGUUUUAUCAACUAAUUUAUGAAAGUCUUCCCUCUGAAUCAGUUUGUUAAUUAGCGCUGUACUGUUUUCAUAGAAGAUAUAUUAGUUUUUGACACAACUUUGACAUCAUUGGGAAACCAAAUUCUAACUAAAACUGCUCUAUAAAACAUUUCUCAUAAACAUGCCACUGUCUGAGAUGUUAAGGAUCACGGCCCCAUCCUUUCCACUAUGCUGUUUUAUCCCACUUAAUGGUCUUGGGAUAGUUAAAUUCUUGAAGUAUUAACCAGUAUUUAUAUUCCUCUCAAAGAGAAAUGCUAACGGGUUCAUCUUUUGGAUAAUGUGCCUGGAUGUUGUUUUCUAACUUCACUAAGGAGCAUGUUAGUCCCAGAGUAUCCCUCAAAAACUCUAUUGCAGGAUUUGACACGAGAGCAGCCACACAUGAAAACGGUUCAGUGGGCCUGUGUGUGAGCCGUGUACUGCACUGGUAAAAGACACAAGUCCCAACACAAUGGGCUGUUGACCGACUUGUGGAAUGUAAGAGUAGUCUUUUCAUGUAGCAGAGGCCUAAUUUUAACCUACUCAACUGUAGGAUCAUUUUUGUACUCAACCUAGGAGCUGCUGGAAAUGUGGAAACAUACCUAACAGUUGUGUUCUCUGUCACCUCCAUUCCAGUGUUUGGCUGUGCCCCUCUAAGUCAGCAUGACAGACGGUGCUGCUAAAUGUAGGGUGUCUUCAUCACCCUAUACCUGGGAUAGGGGCAUGUGUUCUGUUAAACGCUGUCAGCUACCCUGAGCUGUCCUACAACCUGGUUGUAUCUUCCUAUAUCUUCCUAUAAGAUAUUUGAAAAUACAGAGCUGGCUUCUGCAUGGCAAUAUUCAUAGCAUUAAUUCCAUUUUUGGAGUGACCCUUCGAGGAUGUGUCAUGGUCAGCGACACUCACUAGGCGUGUAGCACCUUCCUGGGAACAAGGACGUUGAAACUACGCUCCUGGAUCCCCAUGGGAGGAAGAGCAGGUCCACAGGGCCCUGGGGCUGGUUUCCGGUUAGGCUUUUAGAUGGUUUUCUCGCCAUCUCUUCUUGCACAGAAACCCCAGCCCUCACUGUUUCUCGGGGCUCCACAUCUACACAGUCUCUCUUCUCCCUGGAAUCCUCUCCACCCAGGGACGCCUUCUUUCUCCAGACCCAAUUUAUAUGCCUUUCCGUUCACAAACUUCCAGGACUCACCUAGGAAGUUAGCCCUGCCUCCCUCCCGUCCUCCUGCAACCUUCCACUGUGUCAUGAACAACGGGGUGACAGCGCCAGGCAGGUGCAGAGGGGCCGCCGCCCACCUGGACUGCAGGUGCACCACUUCCCUGUUCAGGUCUUGCCUUGUCUCUUCCCCUCACCUUUAAAGUGAGGAUCCAUCUUGAUGGCAGAACAAAUCCAUGUCCUGGUGCCUUGGCCCCGUGAAGCAACACUGCUGUUCUUGGAUGCUCUGAUCUCACCGGCACUCCAAGAGUCUCAUUGCCAGAAACAGGAAGCCGAGCUCUGAGCACCAUGGCCAGCUGCUGCAAGUGGGACGAGUGCAGCAGACGCACAAGUGCCUGUUGCGGCGUGGGAACCGGACGGAGCAGGGAGCGCACAUGAUAGUCGGCAUGGUCCUGGGGCGUGGCCUCGGCUGUCACGGGACAUGUCCCCACACACGCCACCCUCUGCUCUCGCCAGUCCCAGGGACACGGAUGCUGCUCUUACCUGGGGCUGCAGCUGCAGGUGAGGGAAUGCCUCCAGGGCCCAGGCCACCUGCUCCUCAUUCUCUGCCAGCGUCACCGUGCAGGUGCUGUAGACCAGCACACCCCCCGGCCUCAGCAGCUGAGCCGCCUGCAGAAGAGAGGGGCAUCACGGGGCAGCCCGGCGUGGGGGGAGAAGGAAAGGCUCUGCCUGCUGCGGGCUCCUUCUCUAGUGAGAGCGAGUCAGAGCCAUCCUCAGCACCCAGCCUACACCCCAGGAGCCGUCACAGCCCACAGGGACCGAGAUGUCCGAGGCCAUCACCCAGUUUCAUGGCUUCAGAUGGCGCUUAAGCUGAAAACACACAAAGGACCACACAGAAAGUAGGAACGUUGAGAGGGCAGUGAACUGUCAAAAAGGCAUUUCAAAUCUGACAUGUCCAAAGCUGAACUAUCUUCCUCCCAGACCUCCUGUGCACCAGUAGUCUUCCCAUCCCAUGGUUGAGCCUCCAGAAAACACCCAGCGUUUGGCCGCUCUCCCCACUCCCCAGGAUCACCACAACGGUCUCCUGCUUCCUUCCUUCCCUCCACAUCUGUCCUCAGUGCAGCAGCCAGAGAGCCCAUGGACUGUGCCCCUGCCCUCGGCACUGCCUGCUCCUCCUCAGGGGACCCCGUUCAGCCCCAGUCCCCCAGCCCCUUCCACCCUGCAUGACUUGUUGACUUUCCUCCCCAACAAGAACAGAAACCCCACCCAGAUGGGCAGAGGCUGUUUCUUCCAUACCGCAUGGGCAGCUCCCAGACCAGUGCCUGGCAGACAGGAGCUGCUCAGCAAAUUCUGGUCAGAGCAAUCAAUGAAUCAGAAAGGAAUUAUUAUGCAAAAAUGAAACUAUCCUGGAUAACAAGAGUUGAUCUUUCACAUGCCCCAAAAUACAAUACAUAUACUUCCGCUUUCUUAACCAGUGUGUGCUGAUCAGAAUUCAGGCUCUGUCACUGCAGACCAGCCGUGGCCUUCAACCUGGUGCAUCUUUUCAUUAAAUCCUUGUGGCAGCUGUGACGUGGACCUUCUGUGGGGGGAGAGUCCCCUACUCCCCAUUCCUCUGCUAGGGGACUUCUCAAGUCUACACCCUCACACACUGUCUGUCUGUCCAUCUGUCUGCCUGUGCCCACCCUGUCUCACACAAGCCAUUCGUUUCACUGAGAUCAAUGCAUCUACCCCUGGUCGCCUUUUUAUAUUUUUCCUUUGCUAUGAUUUAAAAAGAACAAAAAACCAAUACUCUUCAAACAGUACUCUAAUUUUACCCUCAAAUCAAAGUAGGUUUCAGCUGUGAGUAAAACUACUUUUUUCUGCUGCUCUUGAGGAAAUUUAAAUAGCUCGCUGUAGGCGCUGGCUUUGUGUAUGAACGGAGACGCCAAGAAGGGCAGCUGGAAAGGCACUGAAAGGCAACCCCAGUCCUCGGCUGCCGCAGCCACGCAUUUAUGAUGAGGCUGAGUGCAGACAACGAACUCAUCCCCCACCAGACACCGGCUCUGCUCCGACAUCCUCCGACUCGUGUUUACCAGGCUGAGAGAAGCCCUCAGUUGUUCUGUCUGGGCCUUCCCUAAAACACCCCGGAGACCAGUUAGAGCUGCAAGACUUCCAAGUUCUCCGGCAUUGCCACUGGCCUCUGAGAUGACCCAGGAAGAAAGAGAAUGACCCUGUGAAUCCCCGAUUCUUCCCAUCCAUUAGUAACUACUGGCAACCUGAGCCACGUAGCAUCCCCGGAGAGUCACAAAACCAAACUGUCUGAAGCAGCUGCCGACCGCCUGGACUCCAGCGGGGUGGCGUCCUGCAGUCCCACAGCCACAGCGCCUCGGCCUCGGCACGAGUGCCUGCCAGCCCGCCUGCCUCCUCUCCGGCACCGACCUCCUUCCUCCUUGCUGUCUCAGAAGGAAUAUCCUUUCAAAUUACACAAGUAAUCUAUGGUUUGUGAUAGAAUUCUGAUAGAAUUCUCUAGAGAGACUUUACCAGUGUACACUUCAUUAUUAUGAGAGUACUUGUUUUCUGAAAAUCCUCAUGUAUUUUUUCUUUAUAUGGUCAUGUUUUUUGUCUUUCCCUUAAUUCUACUGUUGUUUUUUCUUAUUGAUUGGAAAGGCUUUUUAUGGAUGUUAA